AUGACUACAAUGACAGGUGAAAAGAUCAAAGAGCUCGCAAUGAGGAUAGAACAGAGUGAUCAAAAGUUCAUCUGGGUUUUGAGAGAUGUUGAUAAAGGAGACAUUUUUGUAGGAGAGGUGAAGAGAGAGAAACUGCCAGAAGGAUUUGAAGAGAGAGUGAAGGAAGUUGGAAUGGUGGUGAGGGAUUGGGCACCUCAAGUAGAGAUAUUGGGGCACCUAUCAACGAGUGGGUUCAUGAGUCACUGCGGUUGGAAUUCGCGCUUCAAGAGUUUAACUAUGGGAGUGCCCAUAGCUGCUUGGCCAAUGCACUCUGAUCAACCCAAGAAUGCUUUUCUGGUUACAAACACAUUGAAGGUUGGUAUGGUGGCUAACACAUGGGAACUGAGGGAGGAAAUCGUGACUUCUUCAACCAUUGCAAAAGUUGUCAAGAAGCUAAUCGCAUCAAAAGAAGGGGAAGAGAUAAAGAAGAGAGCUGAGGAGCUGGCUUCUAGGGUUUUCUCCGAAGGGGUGGAGGCGGCGGCUACUACCACCUCCAACUCCCCCAUCUUCUCCCCAUCCCCUGUCCCCCAUCUUCUCUUGUCUUCUCUUCCUCGUUGCUUUUCUGAAACCAAGCGACUACCAUCCCUCGGCGGUGCAAGUAUCUCGGCGUGCCCUUCCCCGAUAAUGAAUCUUGGUAUCUGUGACGGUGGGUGGGGGUGCUGA